CUUGGACCUUGGUUAUUUGGUUACGUUUGAAUAACUUUUAUUUUAUGCAUUUACAAAUAGUAUACAUAAAAUCAGAAACAUGAUUCGAAAGCGGUUAACGAAUUUAGCUCAACUGGGCGCUGUAGGCUUAACUGGAUACUGCCUAGGAAUUUAUAGUGAGCGAAAUAUCGACUUUUUUAAAACGAGAGAUGAUUCUGUAAUUAUAAAUGGCAAAUGUAUCAAAAAUAUGCCCGGUUUGCCAAUAUUCGGGAGUGUAUCAGCUGCUACGCCUUACGUCGAUUCCAGUGGGGCCAAAGAUAGAAUAUCGCAAAUAAUGAAAUUUGGAUUCCCCGGCUUGGAUAACGUCCGUUCGUUCGACGACUACGUGUUAUCGUACGACCGACGUAACCGCGUCGCGCACUGGGUGUUUGAGCAUCUCACAAGGGCUCACGUUGCCAAGAAUGCUACGGUGGACAGGAGCAAGUGUGAGUUUACUGCGGACGAAAGUAUACAUCCAUUUUUCAGAUCACAGAACAGCGACUACAAAGGCUCUGGCUUUGACCGGGGGCACAUGGCAGCCGCGGGCAACCACAAGUUGGCACAGAAACAUGUUGAACAAACGUUCCUGCUCACUAACAUGGCACCACAGGUGGGUGAAGGAUUCAACAGACACGCAUGGAAUAGAUUAGAAAAGCACGUUCGCAACCUCACCAAAGUAUACGACAACGUUUAUUGCUGCACGGGACCACUAUAUCUGCCCAGGAAAGAAUCCGACGGUAAAUCCUACGUGAAAUACCAAGUGAUCGGCGCGAACUCGGUAGCAGUGCCGACGCAUUUCUACAAAGUGGUGGUGGGCGAGGCGGGCGGCGUGUUAGACAUGGAGGCCUAUGUGAUGCCCAACCAGAAGAUACCUGACGAGACGCCUGUGGCUAACUUUAUGGUACCACCGGAAUCGAUAGAGAAAGCAGCCGGUCUUCUAUUCUUCGAUAAAAUACAUAGAAGCAAAUUAAAUAAAAUUAACGGUAAGAAAGUUUAACGUCGCAUUAGGUUCAUAAUUAGUACAAUUUUAGACAAAUCAUACCAGAGAUUAGUUAGUUAAAAAAACUGCUAAUUUAUAUAUAUUUUUUAUCUUUGGCAGCACGUUACAAGAUAUCGAAUUCUUUGAACUUAAGAGAUGUUGUAAGAUGAGCAGUUUUCAUUUCUAACUAGUCUCCGAUUAUCUAUUAGACCAAAGAUUAGAUUCUUUGGAUAUCCAGCCUAAAGAUUUUUUUAGUAAUCUCUAAUCAUACCUUUAUAUUGUAUUGUAUCAAUAUGACGUAAAUAGAUGUUAUUAUUAUU